GAAGCAGUUGGCUUCUCAGAGCUGGAAUAUUUAUAGCCGAAUUUUUCUGUUUGUGACGCAAAUAUGACGAGAUAGUUUAUAUAAAGUGUACCAUUCAAUGCCGCUCGAACUCAGUUGGAGGUGUUUAUUUUGUGUUCAGUUUUCUGACUGAACAUUUGCUUUGCAGUAGAGCGUAGUAUUUGCUUAAAAUUAAUUGACAUUCGCGUAACAACUAGUUUUAUCGGCUAGAUAUAGAUCGUAAAGUGCAGAUUUGGUUGACUUGUUUAGCCAUUUUAAUAUACGAAUUGUAUGUCCAGUGAAAGAAAACAGAAAACUAAAAGUUCAGCUUCGACCAUGCCUGGAAAUGCAGACGAGACUAUCUUCAGGAUCCCGCCCUAUUUCUUCAUCCAUGUUUUGGACCAGAACAGAAACGUAACCCGGGUUGAGGUCGGACCCCAGACAUACAUUCGACAGGAUAAUGAGCGAGUGGUGUCUGGUACGAGCAAGAUGAUCGUUGUUCCUCCGAGGCACUACUGUGUGGUGGAGAACCCCAUUGUGACCAAUGCCGAAGGAGAAGUGCAGUUUGACCCCUCAGGCCAGGUCAAAUUGUGGCAUGCUGACCUGGAGGUCAGACUUUCACGAGAGCCUUUCCCGCUGUAUCCAGGAGAAGUUCUAAAGCAAGCGGUUACUCCUCUCAAAAUUGUAACAGCAAAUACUGCAUUAAGACUUCGGUCUAUUUUGGAUUUCGAAGACGCUGACGGAACUAAACGAGUUGCUGGUGAUGAGUGGCUUUUUGAGGGUCCAGGAACUUACAUCCCGAGAAAAGAGGUUGCUGUUGAUGAGACGAUCCGAAGCACUGUGAUCAAGCCUAACCAAGCUAUCAAGCUCAGAGCACGAAAAGAAACUUUCGACCGAAAUGGAAACCCCCGAGUUGUAGGCCAAGAAUGGCUUGUGACAUCGCGAGGUGCUUAUCUUCCUGGCGCAUACGAAGAGGUCAUCGAUGUUGUAGAUGCUGUAGUUUUGACCGAGAAGAAAGCGCUUCAUCUCCAGGCCAAAAUGACAUUCAAAGAUGUCUACGGCAAGACCAGAAAGUCAGGCGAGGAAUGGCUUGUUACCUUCCAAGACGCAGAAACGCAUAUUCCUGAUGUGAAUGAGGAGGUUUUGGGAAUCAUUAACAUCACUACAUUGAAUAAUAGACAGUAUUGUGUUGUGAUGGAUCCUUGUGACGCUAAAGGAAAGCCACAACUUGGUCAGAAGAAAUUGAUCAAAGGAGAGAUUUCUUUCUUCUUGCAACCAGGAGAGUACCUUCAAAACGGGAUCCAGGAUGUCUAUGUGCUGGGAGAGGACGAUGGUCUGAUUUUGAAAGCUAGCGUAGGAUUCAAUGACGAUGCUGGGAAUCCGAGAGCUCCUGGAGAUUUGUGGAUGAUCAGAGGUCCUUGUGACUACGUGCCGCGAGUUGAAGUUGAAGUAGUAACGAGGCGAAAGGCAAUUCCUUUGGAUGAGAAUGAAGGAAUCUACGUUCGCGACAUUAAGUCAGGAAAAGUGCGAGCAGUAAUUGGCCAGACGUACAUGAUCACACAAGAUGAGGAACUUUGGCAGAAGGAUAUGUCAGGAGCGGUGGAGAGUCUUCUUUCGCAGUCCAAAGACCCUUUGGCUGACAGGGGUGACAGAAGCCAGAAAUCGGACUCUGCCAAACCAAGAGAUAGAACUAAAGUAGUCACAUACAGAGUACCACACAAUGCUGCGAGUCAAAUCUAUGACUACAAACUGAAGAAAGCACGAGUCGUCUUCGGACCCGACUUGGUCAUGCUCGGACCUGACGAACAGUUCACCCAGCUUAGUAUCUCGGGUGGCAAGCCGAAGCGACCCAACGUGAUCAAAAGUCUCUGCCUCCUCAUGGGUCCCGAUUUCAUGACAGAUAUAAUCGUGGUCGAAACUUCCGAUCACGCACGUUUGUCGCUGCAGCUGUCGUACAACUGGCACUUCGAUGUAAAGGAGAAAAGUUUGGAGCAGGCGGCUAAGAUCUUCUCGGUUCCGGAUUUCGUAGGAGAUUGCUGCAAGGCAGUGGCUUCCCGAGUGAGAGGAGCAGUAGCUAGUGUACCGUUCGAUGAUUUCCACAAGAACUCGGCCAAGAUCAUCCGCUCGUCUGUGUUUGGAAUGGACGAGCAUGGCAAAGUGAGGCAGUCGUUCUCUUUCCCCCAGAACUGUCUUUGCAUCACAAGCAUCGACAUCCAGAGUGUGGAGCCAGUUGACCAGAGGACGAGGGAUGCUCUCCAGAAGAGUGUCCAGCUGGCCAUCGAGAUCACCACCAACUCACAAGAGGCAACUGCUAGACAAGAAGCAGAGCGUCUGGAGCAGGAGGCUCAAGGUCGACUGGAGCGACAGAAGCUGGUGGACGAGGCAGAGGCUGAGAAGUCCAGGUGUCAACUGCUGGAACUGCAGGCCAGCUCGGCUGCUGUCGAGAGCACAGGUCAGGCCAAAGCGGAGGCUCAGAGUAGGGCAGAGGCGAACAGGAUUGAGGGCGAGGCGGCAGUUGAGCAGGCGAAGUUGAAGGCGGAGGCCACCAACAUAGAGGCCAACUCGGAACUGACGAGACUGAAGGAGGCACGAGUGGCCGAGCUAGACUACGUCAGGGCACAGAAUGAACUGGAGAUUAAUAAGUCCAAGGAUCUAGCAACAAUCGAGACAGAGAAGUUCAAGAAUAUGGUUGAGGCUAUUGGCAGAGAGACUAUCAGAGACAUGGCAAAUGCAGGUCCAGCCACCCAGGCGAAACUCCUCGCAGGACUGGGAAUCAAAUCCACCCUCAUUACAGACGGAAAUUCGCCAAUUAAUCUGUUCACGACUGCGAAUGGCCUGAUUGGUCCUAUGAUCAAAUCAGGCGACGAAGAGUGAAUAGAGACCAUGAAAAAUAUAUAGCAAAUUGAAUCGGAUGCUAAAAAAAAAUUAGUAAGUUGAAACGCAAAACGGAAACUAUAAAUUUCUAUCAAGUAUAUGAAACUUCUGAGAGUUGUUAAGUGUUUGGCCUCAAUCAUUGAUCUAUUAAUAUUGCACAAAUUUUUCCAGGUAGAGUUUUAACGAAAUCUAUUGCAAUUUAUAUGUAGUGUGAAAACUCUUCGGAGAUGUUUUUAUUUCAUGGAUGUUUGAAGCGAAAAUGUAUUAUGAAUUACCGGACCUUCUUUGGUCUGCUGCUAAAAUUUUAGAUGUGCUAUCCUGUUAACAAUUGAUACUUCAUGCAAAGCCAGCCUGAAAAGGCUAAUCAUGCUACUUCACUACUCGAACAUAUUUUCAUUGUUGGUGCAAAAACUAGUUUGUUGCCGAGAACACAUCUAUUGUAUAGGAAUAAUUUAAUGUCUAUCCACUAUUUGAAAAAGAAAUACAUAAAUUUAAGCUGAUUUUUUUUUCAA